AUGGGUCGUUUCACUAAAGCCACUUUACUUCUCUCAGUUCCUUCCUUAGCUGCUGGUUAUUACAUCAAAAAUACAGUUUACAAUGGAGAAUAUCGUGAAGUUAAUCCUUACUAUGAAGCUCCAAAAACAUUCAUUCAAAGUGUCAAGAGUAAAGUGCUGGGAGAUGCUGAUAACUUCCAUAAUUCAUUAACACAAAAAGUUCUGAAUCCAAACAAAACUGUCCCACUUUACGAUUUUUAUGAACAAAGAUUAGAUACCGAAACUACAAACUCGAUUUUACAAAAAUACAAAACUAAUGAAGAUUUUUUGAAAGCUUUAGAAAGAGGAUUUUUCCUUGGUCCUACUUUAUGGUUCCACAGAUUCCUCUUAAGUCCAUACUUCAAAAGUCAAGGUGAUCAUAACAGAAUUGGUGGUUUUACUUAUUUUGAACCAGAAUUGAAAAAUUUAGACAUCAACAAAUUGCCAAAAGGUUUCAUUCAAAUUCCUUUAUUACCUGAAAACAAAAAAUUGAGAUAUGUCUGGACUGCUGAUGAUAUUGAUCAAAAUAAAGGUUUAUUGCCAAGUAACACAAUUGUUUAUGGUUUAUUUAACGUUAUAGACCAUGGUGUUCGUUCAAAUGGUGGUUACUAUGAUGUUACUGCUGGUAAUGAUCUCCUACCACAAAACGGUGGUCAUAGAUUAGAAUAUGAAAUUGUUGAAAAUGAAAAGAAAGAAAAAAAUUUGAUUAUUAGAUUGGUUAAUAUUUCAUUAUUCACCACUAGUAAAGAAAAAUUUGUUGAUGAAACUAAAGGUUUACAUGAAUUCAUGACUCGUACAAUUGUUCAUGAUGUUAUUAGAGAAUUGAAAAAAUAA